AUGAACUUAAGCGACCUCCUGGGCUACACGUCAAUAGGAUGCUGGCUGUUUGCGCAAUUCCCGCAAGUGUUAGAGAAUAUACGGCAGCAAUCUGUUGAGGGACUUGCUCUACCGUUCCUUCUUAACUGGCUCCUUGGCGAUUUGACCAACCUCAUAGGCUGUAUACUGACUCAUCAACUCCCAUUCCAAACAUACCUUGCAACCUACUUUUGUUUCGUCGACUUCUCCCUCCUCUCGCAAUUCUUCUACUACCGCUCCCUCAAGAAAGCAUAUGUUCCCACGCUCCCGCCCUACCAUCGUACCAGCACCAUAUCUGCCAUUCCCCGCGUCCGGCGAUCCUCCAGCGAAGCACCCGCCGCCCAUUACCGCUCAAUCUCCGUAGUAGCCGCAAACGUAGCCGCAGCCGCAGCCCUCGCAGCGCAGCAAGAAGCGCCCGAGCACAUCCAAGUGCACAGACAGCGGAAGCUGGAUGCCUCCGCGUCCGCCGAGAGGGAAGAGACUGAGGACGAAGUAGACCCCGAGGCCCUGGCUCGGCUUGCGGACAGCUUCCAGUCCGACAUGUCCACGGCCAGUACCGCUCAGAAGCAUGUCUCCUGGAGCAGGGAGAGGUACGGCGCGCGAGGCGGGAGUUUGGGGCGGGGAAUGGUUUCACCGUGGUCUUCAAUGACGCGCCUCCACAUCCCCUCUGCCCAGGCGGAGGCCACAGACGCAGCGCAGGCGCGGGGCAGGCCGCUGCAGCGGGUCUACAACUUGAGUGAGCCGGGCGUAGGGGCGUGGAGCGAAGAGAGUGCUGGGGAAGAGAGCAGCGCGAGUAGACAUAGACGGAGCUCGCGGGCGAGUCGCACGGGCGCCGGGAUCGUGUUCUUGGGAAUAUUUGCGUUCCUCAGUGUUGGCCGUUUAUCUGAGAGUCUGUCGGCUGCGAAGGUACCCCGCGGCCAUGACGGUUACGUCCUAGCUCCUAACCCUAUGGCGAGUCUCGUGAAUGAUACCGCCGCGCCCAGUACGCUUGACCUUUUGCUGUCGUCCAUUGCGCACGGCGGGGCGACCGCAAAUGUUUACGGGGAGGACGCGUCGAUGGAACGGAUUAUUGGACGAAUAUUCGCGUGGGCUUGCACAACUCUAUAUCUGACGUCUCGACUACCACAGAUUUGGAAGAACUACGCUAGGAAAUCGGUUGAGGGCCUUUCCGUGUAUCUAUUUGUUUUCGCUUUCUUGGGGAAUUUCUUCUAUGUAUCAUCAAUCCUUUCCUCGCCAAGCAUGCACCUGCCUCCACCCCAGGCAGAGGCAUUCAUCAGGGAGAGUAUACCGUAUCUUUUGGGAAGCGGCGGCACGCUCAUGUUCGACAUCACGAUCGUCACGCAAUCAUUCCUGUACCGCCCGGGCCAGCGUCCGCCCCACAGCCGAAGUAAGAGUCGCGAGCGUAUUGGUAGCCCUGUGGGCGACGAGGAAACGGGGCUGCUGAGCGGGGAUCAGCUGGCGGAGUCCAGAGGAUCUCUAGGCGGACGAGCUGGGCGGGGCAGCCACGGGCGGGUUAGCACCAGCCGAACACGGACAUCUGACUUGUAG